ACAAGACCUGCUGCACGUCUCGAACAGUUCACAAUAACGAACCAUAUCCGGGAUAUGCUGCCUUCAGGGACUAUCCAUAGCGUCGGGACGCUAGAUUUUACGUCAAAUUAUUGUUAAACGUGGGGCUAGAUUUCCUCUUUGUUUUUACAUUUUUAACCUUUAUUUCGAAGCAAAAUAUUAAAAUCAUCAAAAAGUCCAAACGUAUGUGCAUUUUAUUUAUUUAGCUGUUGGUUGAUCACUGAUUAUAUGUAAAAAUAAAAUUGAAACAACAAAUUACGAGGAACAAGUGAACGCAUUCAGUCUGCAGUUGAAAGCGGUUGAAAGUUAGCCUCAGGGGUUCUUGUUAGCGUGCUGCUAGCCUUUCCUUCACGUUAAAACAUUUUCUGCGGUAUUUAACCAAUUGGUAACACUGUAGUUGUAUUUAUAUAGUUAUAAUUUUAACUGGAGCAGGAACGACGCCUUUAUAAGCUAACGCAUGGUAGCAUUAGCUGUGAACAAGUCCCAUGUCAAAAGAGCAGUUAGAAAAUGUGGAAGUGUUUACAUCGAGUUUUUCUUCGGAGCAACAAAAAGAGCUGGCGAACAGACUCAUUACUUUUCUGUCUCAGUACAGCCACCUGAGCGACUCCUUUAUCAUUGAGUUCUUCUCUGAAAAUUUGUGGGACACGCUACCCAAAACCUGGCAGGCUGUGCUGCAGGACCUUUCAUUUCCACAAAUAGCAGACUUAUUACUGGAUGCUGCUAAUAAUAAUAGAAGGUAUCCUUCGGUGUGGCCCCUGUCUCUUUUGGCUUUCCGUGCCACCGCUCAUGCCCUGACGUUUCCCAGAGAACCCAGGUGUGAUCGAGGCAGCGUAGCUGAGCCGAAGAAGCCUGAUGAGUUCCUGGAAAACCACAGCCAGAGCUCCCUGCUGGGACACAUAUUCAGAAAACACGUUAAACCCAAGAAACAGCAUGAGAUCCGAAAACUUGGCAUGCUGGUUAAACAACUUUGUGAACAGACUGGCUGUAGGAGGGUGGUGGAUGUGGGCUCUGGGCAGGGUCACCUAACACGUUUCCUGUCCUUUGGGCUCAGACUGUCUGUGACCGCUAUCGAGGCUGAUCCUACUCUUGUUGCUAUGGCCUCCAGAUUCGAUGGUGAGUUACUUUGGGUCCUGGAGAAGGAAAAACAUAAAAAGAAACUAAGACCCGAAGCUCUGCCCAUUCCUCGUCAUGUGGCUGGUUGGGUGAACCCCAAAGAAUCAUGGGAAGUUUUUAUACAGCAGCUAAAAUCACCAGAUCAUGUUGGCGAUGAUCCCGUUACUCUGUGCAACAAAAAGAUAUGUUCUGAUGUGGCUCACCCUUCACGUUUAUGUGGCGGACAGUCCCAGGAUUUACAUCAGAACGAUGCUGAAGAGGACCCGUCUGCAGGGUCUCUUAAUCAUUCUGCUCAUGAGGAAGGUGUAAGUCCAGACGAAAGCCAUCUACAAAGGUCCAAUGACUUUGUCCUGACUGGUCUGCAUGCCUGUGGUGAUCUCAGUGCCACCCUCCUCCGCCUCUUUGUCAGCUGCCCACAUGUUCGUGGCAUCACCUCUGUGGCAUGCUGCUACAUGAAAAUCACAACCAAAGAGAGUCCCACUCCUCCAGGACUGGUCACCGCUCCCGAUCUGCUCCCCUCAGGCCAUGAAUCGUUCGGCUACCCGAUGAGCUCCUGGGUGCGAGGGUUGCCUGGACACCAACUGUCCUAUAAGGCACGAGAGGGAGCAUGUCACGCUUUGGAGGACUAUGUGAGAAGGCUCCGGGAGGAGAGUGAGUUGCUCAGGUCGCACUGUUACCGAGCGAUGCUGGAGACGUUCAUCAGAGAUACGAGACCAGAUCUCCACAGGGCUGGAAUCCAGACCAUAAAGAAGUCCCACUUGUUAUCUUUUACAGAAUACGCCUGUUUGGGUCUGGCUCGGGUCGGCCUGCCUCCUGAUCUACCUCUGGACCCAGAGCGAGUGGCGGCCAUGUUGAAGCAUCAGAACAAGGUAGUGGUGUACUUCAGCCUCUCUCUGCUGCUUGCUCCUGUGGUGGAGACGUUGGUGCUGCUGGACAGGAUCAUCUACCUGCAAGAGAACGAUGUGGAGAGUCGGCUCGUUCCUCUCUUCAACCCAAACUUUUCUCCCAGAAACUUUGUGCUGGUAGCCCUGAAGCCGUCCAGAUAAGUAAAGCAGAAACUCACAGUUUUAUUUAUCAGUCGAGCUAAUAUAAAAUAUUAGGUUGGCUGCUGGCCCAUUAAGUUCCAUGUAUUCGCAUAUUUUUACCUGCUAAUCAUGCAGUUUUUCCUAAUUUUUUGGGGGGGUGUUAUGCACUAUUUUGUCUUGUUUUAAAUUAUAUUUUUCCUCUGUUUUACUGUGUUCAUUUAAUGGGAGUUUUCUGAGUCAAACAUCUUUUUUGUGCACAAACCACAAAGAAUGAAAUUUUCCUUUAAGUGGAAUCAGCAGCAGCACAUGUGGUUUUUAUAAACUAGAUGGCAUUUAAACCAAACCAAGUCUUCUUUUACAAAUCCACAAAAUGCUGAAUCAGUCAUGUUUACAUAGUGAGGCACAAAGGGAAAGCAGAAAUGGAUUUAAUUAAGCACAUCAAGAUAAAUAGAAAAUGUUCUGUUUUGUUUUGUGCAUUUUCUGGAUGUGAUGAAAUUUUAUUACUGUUUCACAAAUCUGACAGGUUUUUUUUUUUCAUUCUGUUGACAGAAACACAGAUUUUGUUAUCCCGUCUGGAUUGUGCAACCUCACAUUUCUGUGAUUUCUAAAAUAAAAUGUGUUUUCUGUUUUUGGA